CAAUUCACGCCGAAUUCUAUACCGCAUUAUGGAACAACUCUCGAUACAUUGUAUUCGGUACUGCUGACAAAGUUGUUAUAUAUGAUGGACAUUUUAAACAUAUACAAACAAUAUGUGUACGAGAAUUCUUGGUCGAUCUUGUUACAUCGCCGGAAUGUAAAGUAAUAUCCGUUGAAUUGUCAAAUACUCACGGACAGCUUGCUGUAACUAUCGAGUCAUACGUGCUCGUAUUCUGUCCUAACAAGCAAAGCGGCCAAGAUGAGACGCAAUGGAUAUUGAAUGCAAUAUUGAGACAUGACAGUCCCGUGUGUUCUACAUCAUGGAGUCUAAACUAUGAUAAACAUGAACUUUGGGUUGGAGGUGGGAAAAUCUCUUUGUGGAAGUGUGACAUUGAUGGAAAUACGACCUCAUCAUGGACAAAAGAAUACGAACGAAGUGUUGCUUCUAACGUAACACUCAUUAAGGUAUCGCCGGAUUCGUCUCUAGUCGCAACAGUAGGCAAGUAUGAUCGAAUGGUGAAGAUCUGGUGGCAAUCUCUGAAUAACGCGCGCGCGUACGAAUUUGAAUAUUUGAGUCAUCCGGGGGCUGUGACUAGUUUGAAUUGGAGACUCGGAACAGAUGAAAUGAGGACACCCGGCCAGAAUACUCUAUUUACAAUGUGCAGAGAUGGUAUUUGUCGAAUAUGGUCAUCUACCAACCCGGAAGAACCUUGCGUUUUAUAUGUAGCCGCUGUUAUCGAUCCCAAUAAUGAGGUAUUGGCUACUCCCAUACAUUGGAUACAUGCAGCCGAGUUUGUUAGCGCAGUACGAUUGGCGUUGGACGCAUUGGAAGGAGAGGGGCAAAAUGGAGUCGGAAAUUUAGUGAGACGGCUAACAAGUUUGGCCAACAAUACACCGGACUUGAUGUAUCAAGUACAAAAAGAUGGAAGCAUGAUAAUAUGGGCGAUACAGAACUUGAAUGCUAGGCCACGGCGUAUAGUCAGGGUCCUUGUUUUGCUGCGAAUGGCACAAGCUCUUUUCCCACUGGAUGCAGUCUAUUUCUCGGGCAGUGUGUCGGUGUACCAUGAUCAUUCAGGAUUGAAAACAAAAUCUACAAUAUUCCCAGCAGACUUGACUCUUAUAGCGCAGAGUCCUCAUGGUCGUAUCAACUGCUAUACCAUAAAUUUGACCGACUUUUUCGAUAGCACACGACCGACCACACGAUUGUAUUUAAAGCACUCAAUGACUGGACAUCAUAGCGAUGUGGUGGAUAUUAUAAAGGCACCAGGAACAGACAAUCUGGCUUCUAUUGCAAAAGAUGGAGAAGUCAUUGUGUGGGAUACAGAGACGCCGAGGUUUGGCGCACGAGUAAGUCAGGGCAUGGUAGAGAGAUCGCCAGUAUGGCUGGAUUCUAAAAUCAAGUUGGCAUGUUUAUUACCUGGAG